UCGCCAUUAAUGCAGUAUUGUGCGCUGUAGCCAUGACUUCCGGCUGCCGUUGUGUAGGUUAUGUUUGCCGACGAUCUUUCCCGGGCUUUUAUUGGCACUCUUGUGGUCAAUUACGCAAGAAUAGGAGAGUUUUCCAUACUGUCGCUUUAAGCUGGUUGAGUAGCGCUUAUACGGUAUUUUACUGGUUCGUUGCUUGAGAGCAUUAAAAUUGCCAACCGAUGGUGUAAAAGUCUUAUAAUCAGAUCGUUGUCGUGGAAUGAUCGCCAAGUAUUAUUGCGCCCUUCUUGAGCGAGAUGUGCCAUAAAAAGUUGAAUUCGGCUUUUUGUGCAAAAUGUGUGAAGAAAAGAAUGGGUUGAUCCAUUCCAUGCUCAUAUUAUUAUUUAUUAGCAAUUCAUGCUUUUAUGCUCAUUGUCAACAAAUUACUCUUGAGGAUGUAUUAUCCCGGCAGAGUUUAAACGAGACAAGUACAUUCGGUGACCCUGCCAGAUUGGAUCAUGCUCUGGUCAACGGGACUGUUCCCUUGAAGCGUGUGCCCCGGAAUGUACCGGCUACUAAUUGCUGGCCGAAGGCCCCAUUCGCUUUGCUGCGCGCGGCUACCGGAUGUCCAGGAGGCGGCGCUUGGGGCACCGGUGAGGUAAGGCACCGGCUCCGCGCGGCCUCUUCCGUCUCCCAGCAGAAUCUGCUCAGCGCACAAAUCACCAAAGAAGCCGUCACACUGGAGUUUUGCGUCCGUGAUCCGCCAGCCGACACGUCGGAUGAGCCGGUGGACUACGACUGCAGCCAUGUCAAUGCCGACUUCCCUCCUGGCUCCUACUGCAUCUUCAACGCGCAACAGAAAUUUAACAUCUACGAACGCUGUCCACCUGGCUUCAACUGGAGCGCCGUCGGCCUGGACGACAUCGGCACGGUCAACCGGCGAACGCGCGGGCGCAUGCCGACCGGAGAAUUCUUUGACACCUUUACGCACUAUUAUUUCUGCUGUCGCAACGACUCGGCCCCCUCCAAUCACAUGGUGCUGCCCACGAAGCGGCCCUUCAUCCUGUUUCCGCUGGGCGUGCACCGUGCCUGCCAGGAAGUGGUCGGACUGCGGGCCAGGAUGUUUUCCAUCUAUAUGGAUGCGGAUCACGGCUCAUAUGUCAACCAUCCCAAUCGAUUUUGUUCGCCGUUUGCGGAAACGGACAGUGUCAUCGAGGGUGUAGGGCCCUGUGCCCGCGAGAAACGCGGAAAGGGAUUACAGCUGCACAUGUGCCAUUACAGUUUAUGGUGAACACAGAACAGAACAGUGGAUCCGGAAUGUCUGGAUGUAAACCACAAGUGUACAUACAUUAUUGCUUAAUUUACAAACCCGUCAAAUAAGAACUACAUAUUGGUAAAUUAGAAAUGAACGCACUUAAAUUGUUUGUGCACUCGGCAGUGAGUCGGCAGACUCGGCACUGCGAAUGUCGAUGGAAUGUACAGUAAUCUGAUGAAAUCUUCUCGCAGCCGUGUUGUGCAGUGCAACAAAACUACUGA